CUAUCCGUUCUCCUAAGAUAUUUCCAGUCGCCAGGAUUUUGGAAGAGAGGAAGUUCAAGAUCUGACUGAAGUGAGAAACAAGAGCAGAAAUGGCUUUACUUCGAUUACCAAGAAUCCCCAUUUCUCUGUUUUCCAAACAAUCACCUUCUCGCCUCUCUCAAAACCCGAAACCCAACUCACUCCUCACCACCACCUUCAGACCCCUUCUCACAUCAUUUCCCAAAACCACUCUCUCACCCGCCGAGGCCGAGCCCAUUCCCAUCGGAACUCCGCAAGUCGAAUCUCAUGAGGACUUUGAGACCUCGCUCUCGCUCGACAUGUACAAGCUCUUCGUGCCUCCGGAGACGGAGGUGAGCGAGGCGAGAAUCCUCAAGGGCUCGAACAUCGUGUUGAGCAAGUACGCCAGGGACGCCCAGGUCGGCGUUUCCGAGUUCGUCAAGAGCAGCGUCAGGACUCAGGAUUGCCCCUCCGACGGCCUCCCUGAGUUCGCCCUCGUCGGACGCUCCAACGUCGGCAAGUCUUCUCUCCUCAACUCUCUUGUUCGUCGCAAGCGCCUCGCUUUGAUUUCCAAGAAGCCCGGCAAGACCCAGUGCAUCAACCAUUUCCGUAUCAAUGAUAGCUGGUACCUCGUGGAUUUGCCUGGCUAUGGGUAUGCUUCCGCACCUCAGGAACUUCGGACAGACUGGGCAAAGUUUACUAAAGACUAUUUCCUCAGUAGGUCUACUUUAGUUUCGGUGUUCCUUCUCGUCGAUGCUAGCAUCCCUGCCAAAACUAUUGACCUCGAAUAUGCUAGUUGGCUGGCUGAGAAUCAGAUCCCCAUGACAUUGAUCUUCACCAAGUGCGACAAGCGGAAGAAGAAGAAGAACGGAGGGAAAAGACCGGAAGAGAACGUGAAUGAUUUCCAGGAGUUGGUUCGCGGGUUCUUCAAGUCAGCACCGCCAUGGAUUAUGACCAGCAGCGUCACAAAUCAGGGCCGCGAUGAGAUAUUAUUGCAUAUGGCUCAACUGCGGAACUACUGGCUCAAGCACUAGCCAAAAGACUCAAAACCAACAUGGAAUUUCAAGUUAGGUGCGGUCACCUACAAGAUCUUCUGCAAUUCUCGACUUUUGAAGAUUAGAAUGGAUAGUAAAUACAAAGCCAGGAAGAAAAUGAAAGGAACUCAAUGGCGGGAACUAAACUGCCGUUCAUCACAACCAUAGAAGGAUUGGUCGUCUCAAACAUGGAGAAAGUCGGGAUGCAUCUGUAUGAGUUCUCUCUUUGGAGGCCUUUUCAGCAGAAUACAAGAUCAUUUUAAGCCUAACUUAUGUUCAUGUACCUUGUUAAAUGUGUUUUAAAGUGGAAAUUUUUAGUUUUACCCGAGGCAUAUUUUAUCUGUUGGGACAGAAAUCACGUACGAGAGACGAGACCCUCCAAGAAUGGGAAUAACUAUGGCAUGAUUGAGCUGAAUUGUGAAAAUAUCUUGCAUCUUUUAUGGCCCGUUUGGUUCAUAAAUUAUUUUGAUUGAAUC